GCGGAGUUACCUUGCACUGUGAAGCUAAGAAUAUGGCCGCAUGAUGUUAAAGAUCCAUGUGUUCUUCUUGAAGCAGAAAAGUGUCGCUUAAUUAUACCGCAUGCUGUACUUUGUAGUGAAAUGGGUGCUCAUUUUUCACCUUGUGGGAGAUUUUUAGCAGCCUGUGUUUGGCAUGUGUGCUGUCUCAUCUGGAAGCUGAUCCAGGAUUGCAAGGCCAGGUCCACAACAAAAUUACAGUGGCUGCAACAUCCCCACGGCAUCCAAUUUCAGCUCGCGAAGUUCUAUAUGAGUUUCGGAUAUAUUCCCUCAAAGAGGCAACGUAAAGCUUAAACCUACUCAUGUGUCAUGUCUUUUUCGGGUUUUGAUUUAUGCUUUUCCUUUUACUUCUGCCUGAUAAUUUAUGCUUGUUUAUCUAGAUUUGGUUCAGUGCUUGCAUCACGGGCAAUACUGGCUGCCCAUUGAUUAACUUCAAUUCAGGUUUACAGAGUUUCUGAUAUGGAACUUGUGAGAGUUCUUCCUAGUGCUGAGGAUGAGGUCAACGUAGCCUGCUUUCAUCCAUCAGUUGGAGGUGCCCUGAUCUAUGGGACUAAGGAAGGGAAACUAAUUGGGAUCCUCCAGCAUGAUUGUUCUCACACCACAAAUUGUGCAGCAUCUCGUUUUCUUGCUGAAAAAAAUGCUCAAGGAAAUAACGAGGCGGCUCGAAUUGGAGAUGGUCUCCAGCUGCAGAUUUUGUCCCACAGUGAGCUGAUUCACUCCUUGGGAAGGUCCGAACUUGUCUUCCUUUUAUUUUUUGAAUUCGUUUAGAUUCGAAAAUGAGUUGAGAUAGGUUGUGAAUAAU